AUCGUGCACUUCCAUCCUGCACCUCCACUCCCCGGCAUCUCAACUUGCCAACCUCAUCAGUCGCAAUGCCGUAAAGCGCCGGUUCAACGCCAUCUACAUCCCAUCCCAACCUUUUUCAGCCAUCCCGAUGUCGACGGUGCACUGCGUGCAGCAUCGUUAGUGCAGACACCGCACACCUCUCCCAUCGCCGUCUUGUCUCGACCGUUCCCUAGCGAUGGCCGCGCCUAGGUCAGGCCCGUCGUCCGGGCCGCGCUCCCGCCCAACCUCGUACCACGACCCGCCCGCUCCCGAGUUCGACGCCGACGAUGUGCCCGUCGAGGUGCUGGUGCGGCACCUCCUCGCCGCCAAGCAGUCGCUCUCCUCGAUGGCGCUCGUGCUGCGCGCCCACGACCUCGCCACCAACGCCCGCCAGAUGCACGAGGAGUCGGUCAUCCUGAGCGCCCAGACGGGUGCGCUGCGCCAGCUGAUCGAGUACCAGGUGCGCCUACUGCGCAGGGUCCGCCGCGUCAUGGGCCGCGCCUACGACUUCGGUCGCCGCGAUUUCAAGCAGCUCAUCCGCGCCCUGGACGCCGCGAACGGGAAGCUGGAGAAGACGAUGCAAAUGUUGCGGGACACCCAUGUGGAGCGCAUAUUCCGUCCGCCUGGGGAAGAGGACAAGUCCCUGAUGGACUUCGUCGACGAGAACAGCGUCGAGGCAAUGCGCGACGCCCUGAAGGCCAGCAUCGCCGAGCUGCAGGCUGCGCAGACAUCCUUCGACGGCGACCUCCUCCGCUUCGACUACGAUCUCCGCCUGCUCAACAAGACCAUAGCCGCCGCGCCCGCGCCCGAGUCGCCGUCGUCCUCGGCCCCCUACCAGCCGAUCCCGCACCUGCUCGCCUCCCUCGGCGACCACUCGCAGGCCAUGGCGCAGCACCUGACCUCGCUCAACAACCACUUCGACAUGUGCGUCAAAGCCGUCCGCGCGACCGAAGGCGGCGCCGCGCUCGCCCGCCGCCGCGCAGCCGAGUCGACCGACGACGGCGAGCCCGUGUCCAUCUCGGGCGUCAUCACCGAGCAGGAGUCGCACGUCGCCGGCCUCGAGCCGAUGGACCCGCAGGAGCGGGCCGAGAUCGUGCAGGUCGUGAUGCAGGACGCGCUCGAGGUGGACGAGGUCGUGGCCGAGAUCCAAGCGGUGCUGCAGCAGAUGGAGCAGGAGUUCGGCCUGCUGAAAGAGCAGGCCGACCGGAUCCGCGGCGCGUACCUGGCGACCGUCGCGGCCUUCCAGGUGCUGGAGGAGAUCGGGUCCCGGCUGCACAGCUACGUCGCCGGCCAGCACGAGUUCGAGCAGCGCUGGGCGGACGAGAAGGAGGCCAUUCUCCGGAAGCUCGGGGAGAUGGACGAGAUGAAGCGCUUCUACGAAGGGUACGCCAGCGCGUACGACAGCCUGCUGCUCGAGGCCGAGCGCCGCCGGGCGGUCGAGGACAAGAUCUACAACACGCUGCGCAAGGCCAAGGAGAACGUGGACAACCUGGUGGAGGCCGACCGCAAGCAGCGCGAGCACUUCCGGCAGGAGGUGGGCGAGUUCCUGCCGACCGACCUGUGGGUGGGCAUGGACGAUCCGCCGAAGCGGUGGGAGCUGGUGCCGGUCAAGGAGGGGGCCGCGGAGGCGCAAGAGGAGCUGAGCACGCCGAAGGUGGCGACGCCAGCGGGCAAGGGUAAGGCACCGGUGCGGUAGGCACGGGGAUGGGUGAGCAGCUCUCAGUAUCGCUGGCGUUCUUGGAACGGGCUUUGGUGGCUUUGGUUUUGGCUUUGGCGUUGGCUUUGGUUUUGGUUUGGAUUUCUGGGCAUACCCCUGGGCUGGGCGGAUGGUGCUGGG